GCUGCGCCUCCACCUUCCCCACCCCUCCCCUUGUAGCUGCUGGAGAGCUGACGGCCGGGGCGCGGCCCUCCUCGCUGGCGCAGGGCCCUCUCCGUCCCUCCCUCCGCCGGCGUGCCUCCCCCGGCCCGCCCUUCCCCGCCAGGCUCGGCCGGAGCCGCCCGACUCUCCCGGAGCUCGGCCCUCGCCAGAUGCCCGAGGCGGGCGGCGCGGAGACCCAGCGGGCUGCUUGUGGGAAGGAGAAGCCGGGCCGGCGCGGCGGCCCCCCAGCGGCCGGGAGGACGCGGAGCAUGUGCGGAGCCGGCCGAGCAGCGGGCCGCCGCUGGGAGAGCUGGCCGAGCGGCGCGUGAAAGGCUCGCUCUGCCGGGGCCGGCCAUGCCUCUGGCUGGGCUGCCGGCGCGGAGAGGCAGCCGGGGAGGUGGCGGCGGCGGCGGCCGCCCGCGCUGAGCCCGCGCCCAUGUUCUCCUGCUUCUGCUUCAGCGUCCAGCCCCAGAGCUUCGGCAGCUCCGCGCUGCCCGAAGAUGAAAACAAGGAAAACUGCCCAGACAAAUCUGUAGUCUUAGAAGAAAGUCAGGCAGUGUUUCAAGACACGCAGACCCCCUGCGAUGGCACUCUGAGAAUUGGCAUGGGGAACUUAAAAUCCAGAAAACCUACAUCCCUUACGAAAACGGAAAAUGGGAAAAACCGUGAAGAAAAUCAGGAGAUGGGAAAUGCAGGAUCUUGGCUCUCAGACUGCCAGAAGAAAACAGCGGCAUCAGCUACUGAAUAUGCUGAGAACAUCUCACUCAGAUACCAGGAAGCAGCUCUCAAGUUUCAACCCAGGUCAGAUCAAAGUGCAUUCAUUUCACCAAAUGAUGCUGCUGAACAUCUGCAAAAGCUCGCUGAGGAAGACAGUCCUCAGCUGGUGGCUUCAGAAGAACCAGCCUCUUCAUCAUCCUCAACUAGCAUGCACAUUGACAGAGACGGUGGCGGUGAGCCUGCUCAGGAGUACCGAGAGGACCAGACGGAGGCCAACAAUGGAGCUGAAGACCAGGAUGCUUUAGGGACUUGCAGGCUGCUGCAUCACAUCACGGACGGAGAUUAUCCUCUGCUAUCUCCUCGCUGCUCUAUCUUCAGCCAAAGCCAGAGGUUUAACUUAGACCCCGAAUCGGCUCCUUCCCCACCAAGUGCUCAGCUUUUCAUGAUGCCAAGAAGUUCUUCCAGAGGCAGCUGUGAGGACAGCAAAGUGCCCCAGACCGUGGUACAACUCACGAAGCACCUGCAAAGCCUAAAGAGGAGAAUCAGGAAAUAUGAAGAGAAGUUUGAGGAGGAGAAGAAUUACAGGCCUUCUCAUGCUGACAAAAUAUCAAAUCCUGAGGUAAUGAAAUGGAUGAAUGACCUGGCCAAAAGUCGUAAACAGCUAAAAGAGCUGAAACUCAAAAUGUCAGAAGAACAGAGCUUCUCCCUCAAACGAAGCCAAAGGAACUUUCAACAGGAGGGCUCCAAAGAGGCUGUGAAGCUGGAUUCAGCAGAUUCUCCCACCAGUCCUACCGUGGAGGAAACCAUGGAAGUGGUGAAGAAGCAACUGAAAGAGAAGCGACAGCAGCUUGGUCUCCCUGAGAACAUCAAGGCUAUGACAAAAAAGCAAAUGGCUUUGGAAAAACUCAGUCUCCAGAAAUGCCUCCUCUAUUUUGAAAGUAUUCAUGGACGGCCUGUUAGCCAGCAAGACAGGAGUUUGAUGAAGCCUCUUUAUGAAAGAUACAGAAUUAUAAAGCAGCUUCUAUCAACGCCAUCUUUGAUUACAACUAUUGAAGAGGAAGAUUCUGAUGAAGAACCUCUUCAGAGUAGCUCCACUGGGUCUCUCCAUUGGCCUCCUGAGGCACAGAUGGCUCAUUCAGAUGAGGAGAAUGAACCCGCCUUCGUUUCACCUCUGGAUGAAAAGAAAGUGAUGAAACAGCCAACCCUCUCGAUGUCCAAUUUACAUGAAGCCACUAUGCCCGUGCUUCUGGAACAUCUCCGAGAAACUAGAGCUGACAAGAAAAGGAUAAGGAAAGUCUUACGGGAAUUUGAGGAAGAGUUCUUUAGACAAACGGGAAGGAGUCCCCAGAAGGAAGAUCGGAUCCCCAUGUCCGAGGAAUACUUGGAGUACAAGCACAUCAAGGCCAAACUCCGCCUCCUGGAGGUUCUCAUCAGCAAACACGAUGUCUCCAAAACCAUCUGAAGCCAGUAAAAAUGUCCUGACGUGAA